AUGGCGCCAGACUCUUCAGCUCCCAUAGUGCUCGGUAGAGUCCUGAUCGUGGGAGGCUGCGGCUUCCUGGGCUACCAUGUGGUGGACCAAUUCCUUAACUUUGCCUCUGAAGAAGAUCUUCCUCUGCCUAAGCCUGCUACCUCGACGCGAACGUCGAAGCCUGAUGCAGCAUCCUUCGAAUUCCCCACUCUACGCUCGCGAUACCCCUUGUAUGCAAAGACAGAAGUACACGUCCUUGACCUCAGAUGUAAUCGCAACCGUCUACCAGGCGCCACUUACCACGAAGGAGACCUCUGCGACCCUGCGUCCCUCCUCCCUGUCUUUCGGGAGGUGAAGCCUCAAGUCGUUAUCAACACCGCUUCGCCCACCUAUGACGCGCCACGUGAGAUCCUGCGGAAAGUCAACAUUGAAGGGACAAAAACUCUGCUAGAAGUUGCUGGAGGCGCGCAUGGAGACUGGGGUGGUAAAUGCAAGGCAUUCGUACAUACAAGCUCGAGCUCGGUGGUCCAUGAUUGUCUUAAUGACCUGAUCAAUGCCGAUGAGAGGUGGCCACUUGUGCGACCACAUCCCGUAGAAUACUACACAGAAAGCAAGGCUGAUGCCGAAGAGAUUGUGCUGGAAGCAAACAAAAAGCAUAACGACAUGUUAACCUGCGCCAUCCGACCUGCAGGAAUUGUUGGCGAGAGAGAUCGCGCCGGUAUGACAGACGCUCUCCUCCAGACCGCUGCUCAUGCACCGGACUGGCAACUACACUUUCAGUUCGGCGAGGGCAACAAUCUCUUCGACUGUACCUAUGUCGGCAACGUCGCGUAUGGCCUAGCUGUAGCAGCCGAAGCUCUCUUGCACACUUCUGCGCGGAUAGCGGCUGGCGAAGCCGUCCCGUUGGAUCACGAGAAGGUCGACGGCGAAGCUUUCAUCGUUACGAAUGAUUCCCCAGCCUACUUCUGGGAUAUCGCACGCUACGUUUGGACAUUGUAUGGCCGAACUGUAUCUAUGAGCAAAGUAUGGCAGCUAUCUAAGGGGUUCUUGUUGCCUGUUGGUGCACUCGCCGAGAUGAGCACGUAUAUCACUGGAAAAAAGACAAAGAUGACAAGACAGUCCAUCAGGUAUGCUACCAUGCAACGAUAUUUCAACUGUGAUAAGCUGAAGAGGAGAUGUGGGUAUACCCCUCUUGUUGGGCUGGAGGAAGGCCUUGCCCGGGCGGUGAAGAGCUUUGUGCUGAGCGAGAGGGCGGAGAAGGAAGCGCUGGGUGGUGAGAAGAAGGUGCAGUAG